GCUAGGUGCUAGCCACCACCACGGGUUAGCUUUCCUGACGAGUGGACUAUGCGAUGGCGAGGAAUGAGGAGAAGCAGCAAGGCAGACUGAACAGACUGUGGCUUCAGAAGGAGAGGGAAGAGGGACGCCUCAAAGAUGUUCAUGACCGCAGACCCAAGCUGUCCACUCUCAAUUCAGCUUCAUCUGUCAAAAAGUGGAUUCCCAGCAUCAAGAAUGAAAUAGAGUAUUAUCUGCAACAGUCCCAACUGUCUCAUUAUCCAGAGAGGAAGAUAGCCGAGUUCCAGCUGUGCGUUGAGGCUCUGGAGAGAGAAUAUAAAAGGUUCAUCACCAAACUACGAGUACUCGACCCCUCCUGUAAACAUAAGCCUUGGACACCUCGGGCAUACUGCAAAAGAAGAGCAGAGUCACAAGACACUCAGAGAACAGUGAAAGAAGCUCGGCACGGUGAGUCCCAGGAAAACAGGGGUGAGUGGAGUGGAACUAAGAGUGAAUUGACCAGCAGUUUGGGAGGAUGUUACAGACCUCUCAGCUGUUCAGUGGGCAGAUGUCAAACCUCUGACCCCAUCAACCUGACGUCAGAAACCUCAGAGACAGACCAGAACCAGCCGCUUUCCUUUGACCAGACGAGGCUGGCAGUGGCCACUGCUGCGUUCAGAGGACCCUCAGUUGAGCUCAGCUCCCCUCAUACGCAGAACCUGGCCAGAGUUCUACAGUCGGGCCUGCCAAAUCUCACCAAUUACCAGUCAGGGCAAAUAUGUUCAUCACUGAACAGAGACACAGAGGAAGAUGGUGGGACAUCAGUGAGUCUGAAAAGUGUUGUCCAAGAAUGUAAAUCAGACUGUGAAGAGAAAUCAUCAAACACAAGCACAGCAGUGGAGAGGACUGGUCAGUUACUUGGUUUAGACUGUUACUCCUCCUCUGAUGACGACUGUGACACACCACCAUGACAUUUAAAAGUCUAAAGUCCACUGUUUUCUACAUUUUUGCUGCACAUUGAAUCAGUUUAAUGAA